AUGGGUCCAGACAGAGCAGGCAAAAGUGUCUUCCUCGGAAACAUACCUUACAACCUCACUGAGGAACAGGUCAAAGACAUCCUUAGCACCGCCGGUACCGUGACGAAAUUCCGCUUGAUGAUGAACCCCGAGACAGGAAAGCCUAAAGGCUAUGGAUUCGCAGACUUUGCAGACGCGGAUGCCGCGGCCUCUGCCGUGCGCAAUUUGAACGACUACGAGAUCAUGGGCCGCAAAAUUCGCGUGGACUGGCCUCAUAACAACGAAAAAGACUCUGUGCCCGAGGACUACUCACAGCCGGCGCAAAUGCCAGGUCAGGACGGGCAGCUAGGAGGUCCGUCGUCGCUAUCUGCCCCGCUCCCACCUCUCCCGCCAGGCGUCGAGUUGCCUCCGCAUCUAGAUUGCCCUAACGCGAUCUCGCAAACACUCGCCGCUCUCCCUCCAAAUCAGUUGCUUGAUGUGCUUCAACAAAUGAAGACUCUCGCUGUAUCAGAUCCAGCUCGUGCCACAGAACUCCUACGACAAGCACCUCAGCUUGCAUACGCCAUUUUCCAAGCACUACUCCUGUUGAACCUCGUCGACUACCAGACCCUGGGGGCUGUGGUGGAGCAAGCUGCACAGCCUACGGCACCACCACCUUCUGCCCCUCCUGCUGCCGCCGCGUUUCAACCUUUUGGCGCUGUCCCCGGACAAGUAUCGACGCCGCCAAUGAUGAGUACACCCUUUGCUCAACCGCCCCCGCAGCAACCACAGCAACAGGUUCCCGGACAAGAUGAGCUACUGCAGCAAGUUCUUAAUAUGCCCCAGUCGGCCAUUGACGCUCUUCCACCCAUGGAGCGCAGCCAAAUCAUGCUGCUGCGGCAGCAGCUAAUGCAGGGUGGCCUGCGGUGA